AUGGACAAUAUAAUCAGUCCCAAGAGGCUCAUUAGAAUUGCUAGCAAGUGGCAGAAGAGAGAUGCUAUGGGGAGGAACAAAAAUUCAUCGCCAAGAGCAGCUAUCAACAACAUGCUGAAUAAUAUGGUGGGUGAAAAGGGAACUUUUGUUAUCUACACCAUUGACGAAAGCCGUUUCAUGUCUGAAGAAGAGUUUGGCCUCUCAAGUGGUCGUGGGCCAAUUAUCUUCCCAUGUGACUCGCUCUUCAUGAAUUACAUACUCUCAUUUCUCCAGCGAGGAACGACUGGAGAUUUGGAGAAAGCUUUGCUUGCCAACUCUCUCGUUAGCAGUAGCUGCUCAAGUUCUAAACUACAUCAAGGACAAAUAAGAAACCCAACUAUUCCUUUGUGGUUAUUGCUGAGCACAUGA